CUGUCAUCACUGGCAGCCAACAAACAAUCAAGCGUCGACGCUCAAUUUGGUCAAUGCUCUGAACGAAAUUCAUUCCAAUAUGUCUCAAUCACUUCGCCCUUAUCUCCAAUGCGUCCGCUCAUCCCUUACUGCCGCUCUUUCCCUCUCGAAUUUCGCUUCGCAGACGUCAGAGAGACAUAAUGUUCCUGAGAUUGAAGCUGCCAGUAAUCCCGAAGUUUUGCUCAAUCCCCUUUCUGUUUCAAGGAACGAAAAUGAGAAGGUCCUCAUUGAGCCCAGCAUCAACAGCGUCCGAGUCAGCAUUAAGAUCAAACAAGCCGAUGAAAUUGAGCAUAUUCUUGUGCACAAGUUUACAAGAUUCUUGACGCAGAGGGCUGAAGCUUUCUUCAUUUUACGAAGGAAGCCUGUCAAGGGAUACGACAUAUCAUUCCUCAUCACAAAUUUUCAUACUGAGCAGAUGUUGAAGCAUAAACUCGUCGAUUUCAUCAUUCAAUUCAUGGAAGAGGUCGAUAAAGAGAUCUCCGAAAUGAAACUAUUUCUCAAUGCACGGGCACGAUUUGUUGCUGAGUCUUUUCUCACACCGUUCGAUUAAACUCGGAAGCUUCAAAUUCCUCUAACUAUACCAUUUCGAAUAUGCACUUUGUAAAUAGGCGUUGGAAGGCUUAUAAAACGACCGUAACUCAAGUCUACUCUGUGACCCGCGACGUGUUGCGAGCGACCUUCGAAAGCAUAAAUUGCGGCUUGGAUCGAUAUCCGAU